GACGCCACGCGCAGCUUGAUGACGACGUUUCGGCGCCGGGUCGCUGAAUGGCGGCCUCGGUCCUUAAAGCCGGAGACGCUGUGGCUCUUUCAGUGGUCCUCUAAGACGGCCCGUCUGGACCCUGCCCGGGAGGCUGCCAUGGCAUUCCCCCACCUGCAGCAGCCCAGCUUCCUGCUGGCUAGCCUGAAAGCCGACUCUAUAAAUAAACCCUUUGCACAGCGGUGCCAAGACUUGGUUAAAGUCAUCGAGGACUUUCCAGCAAAGGAGCUGCAUGCCAUCUUCCCGUGGCUGGUUGAGAGCAUUUUUGGCAGCUUGGACGGCGUCCUGGCUGGGUGGAACCUCCGCUGCUUGCAGGGCCGCGUGAGCCCUGUGGAGUACAGUAUCGCCAUGGAAUUCCUAGACCCCGGGGGCCCAAUGAUGAAGUUGGUUUAUAAACUUCAAGCUGAAGACUAUAAAUUUGAGUUUCCUGUCUCUUACCUGCCUGACCCUGUGAAGGCCUCCAUCCAGGAGCGUGUGCUCCCCGACAGCCCUCUGUACCACAACAAGGUCCAGCUCCCCCCAGCUGGGGGCCUUGGCCUGCACCUGGCCCUCAAUCCAUUUGAGUAUUACAUGUUCUUCUUUGCUUUGAGCCUCAUCACUCAAAAGCCGCCACCCGGGGCCCUCCACGUCCGCACUUCAGACUGCGCCUACUUCAUCCUGGUGGACAGGUACCUGGCGUGGUUCCUGCCCACAGAAGGCAGCGUGCUCCCCCCUCUCUCCUCCAGCCCGGGGGGGCCCAGCCCCUCACCGGCUCCCAGGACGCCAGCUGUGCCUUUUGCGUCCUAUGGCCUGCACCACACCAGCCUCCUGAAGCGACACAUCUCUCAUCAGACGUCUGUGAAUGCAGACCCCACCUCCCACGAGAUCUGGAGGUCGGAGACGCUGCUCCAGGUUUUUGUUGAAAUGUGGCUUCAUCAUUAUUCUUUGGAGAUGUACCAAAAAAUGCAGUCCCCUCACGCCAAGCUGGAGGUCCUGCACUACCGACUCAGUGUCUGCAGCGCCCUCCACAGCCCUGCCCAACCCAGCCUCCAGGCCCUCCACGCCCACCAAGAGUCCUUCAUGCCCACCGAGGAGCAUGUGCUGGUGGUGCGGCUGCUGCUGAAGCACCUGCACGCCUUCGCCAACAGCCUGCGGCCUGAGCAGGCCUCGCCCUCUGCCCACUCCCACGCCGCCAGCCCCCUGGAGGAGUUCAAACGGGCCGCCGUCCCGAGGUUUGUCCAGCAGAAGCUCUACCUCUUUCUGCAGCACUGCUUUGGCCACUGGCCCCUGGACGCAUCGUUCAGAGCUGUCCUGGAGAUGUGGCUGAGCUACCUGCAGCCCUGGAGGUACGCGCCUGAGAAGCAGGCCCCGAGCAGUGACUGCCAGGCCCGGAGUGUGUCAGAGAGAUGGGCGCCCUUCGUGCAAGAGAACCUGCUUGUGUACACCAAGCUCUUCCUGGGCUUCCUGAGCCGCGCACUGCGCACGGACCUUGUCAGCCCCAAGAAUGCACUCAUGGUGUUCCGCGUGGCCAAGGUCUUCGCGCAGCCAAACCUGGCUGAGAUGAUCCAGCGGGGCGAGCAGCUGUUUCUGGAGCCCGAGCUGGUCAUCCCCCACCGCCAGCACCGGCUCUUCACGGUGCCCACAUUCACCGGCAGCUUCCUGUCAUCAUGGCCACCAGCCAUCACCGACGCCUCCUUCAAGGUGAAGAGCCACGUGUACAGCCUGGAGGGCCAGGACUGCAAGUACACCCCAAUGUUCGGGCCCGAGAUCCGGGCACUGGUCUUGCGUCUGGCUCAGCUCAUCACACAGGCCAAGCAGACGGCCAAGUCCCUCUCUGACCAGUAUGGGGAGAGCACGGCCACCCGUCCCUUCCUGUCGUGGCUGGGCUUCUACCCCGCGGACACCAAUGGCUCCUACCUGGGCAAUGACCUGGAUGAGAUGGGGCAGGACAGCGUCCGCAAGACGGACGAGUACCUGGAGAAGGCCCUGGAGUACCUGUGCCAAGUGUUCCGGCUCAGCGAGGCCCAGCUCGCCCAGCUCACACUUGCCCUGGGGACCACGCAGGAUGAGAACGGGAAGAAGCAGCUCCCAGACUGCAUCGUGGGGGAGGACGGACUCAUCCUCACACCCCUGGGCCGGUAUCAGAUCAUCAACGGGCUUCGGCGCUUUGACAUCGAGUACCAAGGAGACUCGGAGCUGCAGCCCAUCCGGAGCUACGAGAUUGCCAGCCUGGUCCGAGUGCUCUUCCGACUGUCCUCCGCCAUCAACUGCAGGUUCGCAGGUCAGAUGGCGGCUCUGUGUUCGCGGGCUGACUUCCUCGGCAGCUUCUGUCGCUACCACCUCCUGGAGCCUGGGCUGUCAGACAGGCGCCUGCUGAGCCCCGUGGGGCGGGGGCAUGCAGCCAGCCUUGCCCGGGGACCCCGGCUCAGCCUGCGCUUCCUGGGCAGCUACCGGACGCUGCUGGCCCUGCUGCUGGCCUUCUUCGUGGCCUCUCUGUUCUGCAUCGGGCCCCUGCUCUGUGCCCUGCUCCUCGUGCUGGGCUAUGUCCUCUACGCCGUGGCCAUGACACUGCUAACUGAGCAGGGCAAGCUGCACCAGCUCUGA